AUGGCCACGGCGUCGGCGGCGGUCCACGGCGUCGCGCCUCGCGCGCGCGCGCGAUGGCGGCGCGACGCCUCGCGCGAUCCUGUCGCGGGGCAUCAUCGCGCGUCCAUCGCGCGCGCGUCGCCCCCCACGACGCCGUCGAGCGCGAGCAUGAGCAGACCGAUGAAUAAAGGCGAGAUUAUCGUCGUCGGCCUCGGCCCCGGGAAUCCGGCGCAGAUCACCCUCGAGGCGUGGUCCGCGCUCACGGCGGACGGCGCGCUCGUGCACGUCAGGACCGCGAAGCACCCGACGCUGAGCGGACUCCCAGCGCACGUCGCGCUGCGGACGUUCGCCCACGUGUACGAGCGCACGAAGAAGCUUGAGGACGUGUAUCCCACCAUCGUGAAGGAGCUCAUCGAUCGCGCCGUGGAGCGCGCGUCGGAGGUGGACGAGGAGGCCGCGGACGCCGCGGACGCUUCGUCGUCGUCGUCGUCGUCGUCGUCGUCGCGGGCGAUCGUGUACGCCGUCCCCGGGGACCCGUGCGUCGCGGAGAACAGCGUGAACAUCCUCCGCGCGGCCGCGCCCGCGCGCGGCGUGUCCGUGAGACUGAUCCCGGGGGUGUCCUUCCUCGAGCCGACGCUCGCGGCGGUUCAAGCCGACCUGCUCCCGUCGCUCGCGGUCGUCGACGCGAUCGACGCCGCCGUGAGCGGAUACGCGAUAGGCAUCAGCGGCGACGCGCCGGUGUUGCUGUGCCAGCUGUACAGUAACGCUCUCGCGUCGGACGUUAAGCUCACGUUGAUGAACCAAUACCCGGAGGAGACGCCCGUGACGUUGGUCCACGCCGCCGGAUGCGACGACGAGAUCGUGGAGACGCUCCAGCUGUGCGAUUUGGACCGGAGCGAACACAUCGACAUCCUGACGAGCGCGUACAUCCCCGCGAUCGGCGGCGUUAAUGGCGUUAAUGGCGCCGGGAUGGAGUCGCUGCUAGACGUCAUCGUGAAGAAGAGGACGGGCGGCGGCGGCGGCGGCGUCGGCGUCGACGGGGGCUGGCUCGCGGAUUCCGCCGCGGCGGACGGCGCGGACGCCGGCGACGAUCCGGAUCUGGAGGAUCCGGACGACGUCUCUUCGUCUUCCGGGUCGUUCGACGAAGCCUUCGACUCGUUCGACUUCGACGAGUGCAUCGACUUGGAGUGCGUGUGGAGCGUCCCGGACCACGCCGAGGACGUCGCCGUGGACGCGUUGCGAUCCGCGGCGAUGAACGCGGUCGCCGCCGCCGCAUCAGACGCGCCCGCCGAAGUUCGCGUCGACGCGCUCGGGAAGCUGCUCGCGCAGGUGGGGUUGCACGUCGCGCUCGCGGUGGAGGUUGGCGAGUUCGCGAUGCGGGACGUCGUCGCGGCGGCGAUCGAGAGCGUGCGGCGCGAGGGGACGGGGGGGGACGACGGCGAGGCGCGCGGUUCGUGA